GUCUUUCUAUUAUUCAGGCGCAGUCCAUGCUGCAACUAUCAAGACUGUGAGUUUGGAAAAAAAGACUGUGUCAGUGGAAUGGACAGAAAGUAGCAGUACCAAAGGGAAAGAGAUUGACUUUAAUGAUGUGGUAGCAAUAAAUCCUGAGCUAUUCACAACUCCAGUUGCUGCUGAUGUGAAAGACAGCUUUCCUGUCCAGGAAAAUGUAAUCACACAGAGAAAAAAUUGCAGGACAACAAUCUCAAAAAUUCCUGCUCCAAGGGAAGCUGUACGGUACCAAGCUAGCAAAAUGUCAAUCAUAGCAGAAUCACAAAACAAUCCUCUGGAAAAUGAGAUGGAAGUAGAAUCAGGUGUUCCCGUACCAACGCGAAGCCAUUCUGCUCUUCCUGUUGUACGAGCUCGAUCUAGAAGCAGCUACUCUUCUGACAGAUGUAACAUACAACCAAAUGGCAAUGAAGUGACAGAAGAAACUACACAGUCUCUCAGAAUUGUCUCUGCUGCAAUUCAAGCUCGGAGAAAAUCUAACAUUGUGAAAGAAAUGGAAAAAAUGAAGAAUAAGAGAGAAGAAAAAAGAGCUCAGUUCUCUGAAAUAAGAAACAAGCGGGCACAGGAGUUUGACAGCAGUUGUCCAAAUUGGGAUUUUGCACGGAUGGUCAAGGAAUACAGAGCCACUAUUAAUUGCCAGUCGAUAUCAAUGAAUGACCCAAUAGAAGAACAUAGAAUUUGUGUGUGUGUGAGGAAACGGCCCUUAAAUAAACAAGAACUUGCAAAGAAAGAAUGUGAUAUUAUUACUGUUGUCAGUAAGAACAGUAUCCUAGUCCAUGAACCAAAGGUGAAAGUGGAUCUGACAAAAUAUCUUGAAAACCAGCCUUUUCGAUUUGACUUCUCAUUUGAUGAAAAAGCUUCAAAUGAAAUGGUUUAUUGGUUCACUGCUAGACCGCUUGUACAGACAAUCUUUGAGGGGGGGAAAGCUACGUGUUUUGCCUAUGGCCAGACUGGUAGUGGAAAAACACAUACUAUGGGUGGAGACUUCUCAGGGAGAACACAGAAGGCCUCCAAAGGAAUAUAUGCUUUUGCAUCACAGGAUGUCUUCCUCCUCCUGAACCAGACACGGUACAAGGCUCAAGGUCUAGAAGUAUAUGUGACUUUCUUUGAAAUAUACAAUGGAAAGUUGUUUGACCUCUUGAACAAAAAAGCAAAGCUGCGAGUAUUAGAGGAUGGCAAACAGCAGGUUCAAGUGGUUGGCCUGCACGAAAUACAAGUGAAUUGUGCUGAAGAUGUUAUCCGAAUGAUUGAAAUUGGGAGUGCCUGCAGGACAUCUGGGCAAACAUUUGCAAACUCCAGCUCCUCACGGUCCCAUGCUUGCUUUCAAAUUAUUCUGCGCAGAAAAGGAAAACUUCACGGGAAGUUCUCCUUAGUGGAUUUAGCUGGGAAUGAGAGAGGUGCUGAUACAUCCAGCGCUGAUCGACAGACACGAAUGGAAGCAGCAGAAAUAAACAAAAGCUUGCUAGCACUAAAGGAAUGCAUCCGUGCUCUAGGUCAGAAUAAACAACAUACACCUUUUCGGGAGAGCAAACUAACUCAGGUGUUAAGGGAUUCCUUCAUUGGAGCCAAUUCCAGAACUUGUAUGAUUGCAAUGAUCUCCCCAGGCAUGAAUUCCUGUGAAUACACCUUAAAUACCUUGCGUUAUGCUGAUAGAGUAAAAGAACUCCCUCACAAUGGAACAGCUGGUGAGGCACAGAACUGUAUGGACACUGAAGAUGAAGAGCUGGAGAUUAGUGAGGAAGAUUCAGACAACCUUCUUGAGCUUUCUGAAGAUGAGCUGUCUCCUCAUCUGUCCAGUUUCCGUGAAGCUCUCACCCGGAUUAGUGAGCUUGAGGAUAAGGCAAUCGAAGAACUUAAGGAAGUCAGGGAGAAAAUGAAUACCUGUAACUCUCUCCUGAACAUUGCGGAACAACCAGAAUAUGACCUGGAGGCAUUUGUGUAUGAAACUCAGUGCUUCAUAAAUGAAGGAACCAAAAGUUUCCUUACUUUGAAAGAGACUCUGGAAGAACUAACCCUUGCCAUGCAGAUGGAAGAACAAGCUAGCAAGCAUCUGAAUAAGAAACAACUUCAGCAGCCACCCAAUUGUUAAAAUGAAUCUUUCCCUUCUCCAUUUGCCUGUCACUUCUCUGGUUUGGUGUUAACAUAUUUUAAAUGCAAUCCAAGAUUCAGCCUCUGGUUUGAGGAGGGGGGUCCCUAUUUUUUGCAGGGAAUGCUACCUGUGAUGCAGACAGGAGACAGUGUUCUAUCAGAAUGUGAUGUUUCUGGGAUUGCUACUCAUCUUUUUCAAUACUGAAAGCUACACAGGGUGGGUGCUUUAGUAUCAUUUGGUAAACGUGUAUAUUUCUAGUGUACAGAAAAUCUUUUGUGAAAUGUGUUUUGAAUGUCUAAAUUGAAUGCAGUCUAUUGACUCUUAAACUGGAUUUGCUGUUGUAUACAUUUUUAAUAGGGAGGAAACAGUAACUAAACCUGUUUAAAUAAAUCUUUCUGACAUUAUUAAGUUCUGUAUUAAAA